CUUCCACACAUCUCCAGCGACGGGCAUUCUAUGUGUGCGCACUUCGGUCUCUCUCGGGCGAUACAUUCUGGCUAUACACCGCGGCUGUCGACGUAUUCAGUUGCCUUCUUGUCUAGUCCGUCAGGCGGUCCUUGGGCUUCUGAAGCAAGGCGAACAAGAGUCGACCAGCUGGUGCACCCAUCGUGAAACGGGUUACGGGAAGCAUCGCCCGAGAUCGCCCUAGCUGCUUUUAGGACCAAUCAUGAGUCCGGCUACUCAAGUACUCAUCCAAGCGCUUUCUUCAACUUGCAAGCCCAUCAUCACGCGAGUGAUUUUUCAAUAUUGAUAUCGGAGACAUUGAUUUUGGAACCGGGGUGGCGCGCUGAAGACGCUUUUCCUGUUCUGUCCAUCUCCACCGCCGUUACGGAGGUGGACCCACAAGAUUUUUUUCAGAUAUAACCCUUGCAUCUUUGGGUAUAGGCAUGUCGUCGAGCAAGGCUCAUUGUGCCCUCGAAUCGGAACUCCGCGCUCUCUAGACGAACCAUGACUAUCGCCACGGCUCAAAGCCAUACUACAGUCACCUCCUCGGACGGGACUGCAAUCUACGCUACCGCCGUCGGAAACCCCGAACUCCCCUCUAUCGUGUUCAUCCAUGGGUUCGCUCUGAGCGCCAAGGUCUUUGAGCGUCUCUUCAGUGACUCGAGAUUGCUCCAGCGCUUUUACCUCGUCGCCUUCGAUGUGCGAGGUCAUGGACGGAGUGGGAAACCGCUGUCCCCGGAAAGCUAUGAACAACGUCUGUUUGCGGAUGACUUUAAAGCUGUUUUGGACCAUUUUGGGUUGAAGAAACCGAUCGUUGUGGGUUGGAGUCUUGGAGGGCUCGUCAUCGCCGACAUUUUCGCUCACCUACCUAGGGAAAUGGUGUCCGCCGUCGUCUACCUCAACUCACUACCCUGGGGCGGUCCCGCGAUCCCUCGCGUCGCCACCCCCGAGAUCCUCGCCAUCCUUCCUCAGGUAAUCGGUGCCACCGGAGACAUCGACGUCGCCACUACCUUUGCAGCACGAGUCCACUUCAUCGAGAUGUGUUUCAACGAGCCUGCCGAGGACAUCCCGAUCAGCAUCAAGUGGGAGUGGCUGGGUAUGGGUGUUACGCAGCCCCCCGCGGUCGCUGGUAUGGCUGUCGGUCGGACGCAGGAUGAGAGUGGGCUGGUUGAGGCGGGCAGGGCGGGGUUGCCUGUGCUUCUUGUUUAUGGAACGAGGGAUAGGUUGCUUGAUGGGUCGGCUGUGGAGAGUUUGCUUAGAGAGAACUUUAUGGCCCUUGAGGUGCACAAGAUUGAGGGUGGGAGUCACUCGCCCUUUGCGGAUGAGGGGUAUGAGGAGACGGUUGUGGCGCUUGAGAAGUAUGCGAAGAGCCUCAUAAGGCGAGAGAGUUAUAAAUAG